AUGUUAUUUGCAGAUGACAUAGUUUUGAUUGAGGAGACUCACGGUGGAUUUUAUGCUAAGCUGGAGGUUUGGAGACAUACCCUGGAAUCUAAAGGGUUCAGAUUGAGCAGGACCAAGACAGAAUACUUGGAGUGCAAGUUCCGUGAAGUAGAGCAUGAGCAAGACGUGGCAGUGAGGCUUGAUAUCCAGGUUCCACCAAAACUUAAAGGUAAGUUCUACAGAGUGGUAGUUAGAAUGACUAUGUUGUAUGGGGAAACGUCUUGGGCAGUCAAGAACUCUCAUGUUCUGAAGAUGAAGGAAGCAGAAAUGAGGAUAUUGCGGUGGAUGCGUAGGCAUACGAGAAAAGAAGUAAUUAGAAGGGACAAGGUGGGGGUGGCUUUCAGAGGACAAGAUGCGGGAGUCGAGGCUGAGAUGGGUUGGAAAUGUGAAGAGGAGAUUUUCAGAUGGCCCUGUGCGUAG